CACAGAACCCGUGCGCUGGUGCAAAGAGAGCACUUGCUUUGCAUGACGCAGCCGCUGCGCGUGGGGCAGGGGCAGGGGCAGGGGCAGGGGGAGGAGAGGGUCUCUCCUCGCCUCUGCUGCUGGAGGAGCACCUGGGAGAUGCUCCUGCGGCGUUAGCUCCGCCUGGGUGCGAGCCUGAAGCCCGCUGCGGGCGCCUGGCUCCCGGCGCCUCGUCCAGGCAGGCAGCCGCGGAGCUCCCGUCCCCCCGGGCAGAGCUGGAGUCCCUGCAAACCGGGGCAAAGCUGCGGCAGGAGAAACGCCCCCCCCAGGACCAGAAAAAUAUCUCUCUGCCCCACUCCCCUAAACAAACAAAGAUGAGAACUCAUUUCAUCUGAGUUUUACCUGCCCCGUGAACAACGGCACCAUGGAUCUGGCGUACGAGCUGCCCAAUGUCACUGAGUUCUGGUUCUCCUCGGCCUCCCAGUUCGACAACUUCUCCACGGAGAUGUCGGCCAACGCCUCCCAGAACACUACGGGCCAGCAUUUUGACCUGACCAGCAACGCCAUCCUUACCUUCAUCUACUUUGGGGUGUGCAUCAUAGGCCUGUGCGGCAACACCCUGGUGAUCUACGUCAUCCUCCGCUAUGCCAAGAUGAAGACCAUCACCAACAUCUACAUCCUGAACCUGGCUAUCGCAGAUGAGCUCUUCAUGCUGGGGCUGCCAUUCCUGGCCAUGCAGGUGGCUCUGGUCCACUGGCCCUUCGGCAGAGCCAUCUGCCGGAUUGUCAUGACGGUGGAUGGGAUCAACCAGUUCACCAGCAUCUUCUGCCUGACCGUCAUGAGCAUCGACAGGUAUCUGGCUGUGGUCCACCCCAUCAAAUCCGCCAAGUGGAGAAGGCCCAGAACAGCCAAGAUGAUUAACGUGGCCGUGUGGGGCGUUUCCCUUCUGGUCAUUAUGCCCAUCAUGAUUUAUGCCGGGAUCCAAAACACCCAUGGAAGGAGUAGCUGCACCAUCAUCUGGCCAGGCAAGUCCAGCGCGUGGUACACAGGGUUCAUCAUCUAUACCUUCAUUCUGGGCUUCCUGGUGCCCCUCACCAUUAUCUGCCUUUGCUACUUGUUCAUCAUUAUCAAAGUCAAGUCCUCUGGGAUCAGAGUGGGCUCCUCCAAGAGAAAAAAGUCAGAGAAGAAAGUCACCAGGAUGGUCUCCAUUGUAGUGGCAGUCUUCAUCUUCUGCUGGCUUCCCUUCUACAUAUUUAACGUCUCCUCCGUCUCUGUCUUCAUCACCCCCACGCCCUUCCUCAAGGGUAUGUUCGAUUUCGUCGUGGUCCUCACCUAUGCCAACAGCUGUGCCAACCCCAUCCUCUACGCCUUUUUGUCCGACAACUUCAAGAAGAGCUUUCAGAACGUUCUCUGCCUGGUGAAGGUCAGUGGCAUGGAUGAUGCGGACAGGAGCGACAGCAAGCAGGACAAAUCCAGGCUAAAUGAGACCACGGAAACUCAAAGGACUCUGCUCAAUGGUGACCUUCAGACAAGCAUCUGAGAGGACUCCAGGAUUGCCCUUCUCAGCUGUCCUCUUUCCUCCUCCUCCUCCCCACUCCUUUAUAUGGCAGUAGCACAUAGCAAGUCAGGUCAAGAGUACUUUGUCUUUGUUUGCUUGUCUUAGGGGAUGGUAAUGCGGGGACGGGGGCCUGUACCAGGAGUAGCCUGUCAGCAGAAGGCAGGUAGGUUUUGAAUAUUCAGAAAGAUGCUGCUCAAAUGCAACUUCAUACAUGGAGAAAACACACACACACACACACACACACACACACACACACACACACACGUAUUUAAAUAUAUAACAUGAAGUCAUGGGCCAAAUUCAUUCCUGUUGCAACUGCAUUGGCUGCACUGGUGUUACCCCAGGGAUGUGUUUGGACAUACAGAACAUGUUCACACAUCUCUAACCACAACCAUGUAAAUGGGCAAAUUCAGUAGAGUUGCACAUGUGUAACUGAGGGCAGCACGUGGAGGCAUUUCUGCUAGACUUGGUUACACAUACCAACAUGCUCCAUACAGCAUAGAUCACAUAUGUCUAGACAGAGCUAUUCAUGUCUGUUUCUUUGCAAAGCAGGAGACUCAGCUGAAUAGGAGAGAGAGAGAGAGAUCUUAAGAAUCAGAGCACACACACACACAGACACACACACAGAGAUCCUCCACUAGGACAUGAAAAAUAUUUCGUUUUAUUACCCAACUAGUAACAUUUUAUAUUUUUAAGAAUGAAUCUCCUGAAGCUCCCCUAGUUUUAUGAGACUAGUAUUGUAUUUAUUUACAAGUUGCUUUUCCUGCCACCGGAGAAGCAACAGAUCAAAAUGAAAGAAAUCACAUCGGAAGGAAAA